CACAAUAUAUUUUUAUUCAGUAGUAUUUACAGCUAUCCACAUGAAGAAUAUUCUAAGGAUGGUUCUCCAGAAUAUUAUCAAAACGUCAAAAGAAAAAUCUUGGCUGCCAGAAAAGACUGGACUGAACUCUAAAAAUUGGAAGGACCGAGUUAUAAAAAGGAAGAUGAUAUUAACUGUGUUUCUGAGCAACAAUGAGCAAAUUUUGACAGAAGUUCCAAUUACACCGGAAACAACCUGCCGUGAUGUAGUAGAGUUCUGCAAAGAACCCGGGGAAGGAAGCUGCCAUCUGGCUGAAGUAUGGCGUGGAAACGAACGUCCCAUACCCUUCGAUCACAUGAUGUAUGACCACCUACAGAAAUGGGGGCCUCGCCGGGAAGAGGUCAAGUUUUUUCUUCGUCAUGAGGAGUCACCAACUGAAAGCAAUGAACAGAGUGUACGUCAAGUCCAAAAUCAAAGAAAUGGAAUAAAUAUACCUGUGGAGAAGCGUACAGAGAAUGGGGUUGGAAAUCCUCGAGUUGAGCUCACUCUUUCUGAACUUCAGGAUAUGGCUGCCCGACAACAGCAGCAGAUUGAAAAUCAACAGCAAAUGUUGGUUGCCAAGGAACAACGUUUGCGUUAUCUGAAGCAGCAGGAGCGUCGUCAGCAGCAGUCUGUUUCUGAGAGUGAAAAGCUUCAAAAACUUAAAGAACGAGUUGAAACCCAGGAGACAAAGCUGAAAAAAAUCCGUGCCAUGAGAGGACAAGUAGAUUACAGCAAGAUCAUGAAUGGCAAUCUGUCAACUGAAAUUGAGCAUAUCAGUGCCAUGUUCCAGGAAAAGCAGCAGGAGCUACAGGCUGCAGUGUUAAAAGUAGAUCAACUUACUCAGCAACUGGAGGACUUAAGAAAAGGAAAGCUGAAUGGGUUUCAGUCCUAUAAUGGACAGAUGACAGGACCUGCAGCAGUAGAAUUAAAAAAAUUAUAUCAAGAGCUGCAGAUUCGUAACAGGCUUAACCAGGAGCAGAACUCGAAGCUUCAGCAGCAGAAAGAACUCUUAAACAAGCGUAAUAUGGAGGUGGCCAUGAUGGACAAGCGAAUCAAUGAGCUGCGUGAACGACUGUACAAGAAAAAAGUUGAGGCACGUCAAAAAGAAAACAUUCCUUUAAACCGCAUUAACGGAACUUCAUCACCCCAGUCAUCCUUGAGUGCUUCAGGAAGAGUUGCAGCCGUGGGCCCUUACAUCCAAGUUCCAAGUGCUGGCACUUAUGCUGUACCAGUAGAUCCAGUUAAGCCCCAAUCUCUCACCAUUGCAUCCAGCUCAACACAUGGAAGAUCAAAAUCUGUGAAUGACGGAAACUGGCCAAUACUUAAGCAGAGUUCAGCUCCUGUGGUAAAGCCCCCUCAGAUCUCCAGCACAGACUGGAAAGAGUCAAGCAUGGAUACUGCUCUAAAGCAGGGAACUAUAUCCAGCCAGCCGCUGCCAACUUCAGUGUUAGGAAGUACCGACAAGCUGGGUCUUGAUUUGGGGAAGGUGCCACCGACAGCUCCUGGUGUCAGCAAACAGAUGCCUCAAAACUACGGGACCUACCCCAGCCCCGUUCCCUUGGGCGCAGGUUCCACCAACUCCCUGGAGCGCAGGAAGGACGGCAGCCUGCCCAGGCCCGGCUCCAGCGUCGCCAGCCGGCCCCGGCCCGUUCCCCUCCCGCCGCCCAGCAGCAUCCACCAGCCCAGCUCCUCACAGCAGAUUCAGCAGAGAAUUUCGGUGCCUCCCAGCCCCACGUACCAGCCCGCGGGGCCGCCCCUGUUCCCCGGCGCGGACGGGCGGCCGGAGCUCCCGCUCACCGUGGCCAUCAGGCCGUUCCUGGCGGAUAAAGGGUCGAGACCUCAGUCGCCCAGGAAAGGGCCACAGACCGUGAACUCCAGCUCCAUCUACUCCAUGUAUCUUCAGCAAGCAACGCCACCAAAGAAUUAUCAACAAGCUGUAUACAAUACAUUAAAUAAGUCAGUAAAAGCAGUUUACGGAAAACCUGUGUUACAGUCUGGCUCAACUUCCCCCUCACCACUGCCAUUCCUUCACGGUUCCUUGCCUGCCCAGACUUCUUCACAGCCUCAGACUGAGCUCUCUGAAAAAGACCAAGAGCUGGAGAACGUUCCACCAUCCAGUGAAAACAGCAAUGUGGAAAACAUUCCUCGUCCCCUCAGUCCUACAAAGCUUACCCCUAUUGUACAUUCACCCCUACGAUAUCAAAGCGAUGCCGACCUGGAAGCUCUGAGAAGAAAACUGGCCAAUGCCCCCAGGCCAUUAAAGAAGCGUAGCUCUAUCACUGAACCAGAAGGCCCAAGUGGACCAAAUAUACAAAAGUUACUGUACCAGCGCUUUAAUACCCUUGCUGGAGGCAUUGAAAGUGCUCCUUUUUACCAGCCAAGCAGCCCCCAGGACUUCAUAGGCAUCUUAGCAGAUGUUGAUAACGGUAACGCCAGUACCAACGGCAAUAUCGAGGAACCCAUUUCGGUGCAACCUACAGUCCCUCUUCCAGAUGAGCCGCCGCCGUCCUCAGAUGCCAACGAUAACGAGUUACCUUCUCCUGCCACCGAGGAGCUCAUAAGCACUGAAACCACGAACCAAACGUCUGAGACAACUGAAGACGACAACAACAACGUGGCCAUAGUUCCUGCUGUCGAACCGUCGCCCACUCCCACACCUGAGGUCAGCUCUCCAGUAGAGGAUGAAGCUCCUUUGCCACCAGCCCUUCCUCCGCCUCCUCCUGCAACCAAAAGAACCAACCUGAAGAAACCGAACUCGGAAAGAACAGGCCAUGGCUUGAGGGUGAAGUUCAACCCGUUAGCCCUCCUCCUGGAUGCAUCUUUGGAGGGAGAAUUUGAUCUGGUGCAAAGAAUCAUAUAUGAGGUUGAUGAUCCCAGUAAACCAAAUGAUGAAGGAAUUACACCUUUGCAUAAUGCAGUGUGUGCUGGUCAUCACCACAUUGUGAAGUUCCUGCUUGAUUUUGGUGUGAAUGUAAAUGCAGCAGACAGUGAUGGGUGGACACCUUUGCAUUGUGCUGCUUCCUGCAAUAGUGUUCACCUCUGCAAACUACUUGUUGAAUCUGGGGCAGCAAUUUUUGCUUCAACUAUAAGUGACAUAGAAACUGCUGCAGACAAGUGUGAAGAGAUGGAAGAAGGUUAUAUUCAGUGUUCCCAGUUCUUAUAUGGUGUGCAGGAGAAGCUGGGCGUCAUGAACAAGGGAGUAGUGUACGCGCUGUGGGAUUACGAAGCCCAGAACAACGACGAGUUGUCCUUCCACGAGGGUGACGCCAUCACCAUCCUGCGGCGCAAGGACGACAACGAAACCGAGUGGUGGUGGGCGCGACUCAACGAUAAAGAAGGCUACGUGCCCAAAAACCUGCUGGGGUUAUAUCCACGAAUAAAACCUAGACAACGAACCCUUGCUUGAAUCCAGUUGUACGAGAGUGCAAUACCUUGCUGGUAACUGGAACUUAAAACAUACACUGGAGCCAUCAUUUUCAGUCAUUUCACCUGGA